UACUAAUAAAGACGACACACACAUUUAUGGCAACAUUUCAAGAAGAAGAAGAAGGAGAACUAAUUAAUCUUCCACCACCACCACCACCACCACCACCUUCCUCCUCCACCGCCCACAAAUUUCCAAACCCUAAUUCCAAAAUCAGAAAAUUACAAACAUCAACAAAAUAAUAAUUAUAAAGGAAAGGAAAAAUGGGAAGGGGCUCGUUCUUUUCACCGAAGUCCAUAAGGCGCAGAUUGAAGAAGAAAUCGGCCGCGCCAUCUGCUUCCCGGCCACCUCCUCCGCCGUUCAGAGCGGCAAAUUCGCCUCCUCAGCAGUUAAACGAUGGAAAUACUGGCAAUAAUAAUAAUUUGAUUGUUGGGGCGGUUCCGAAAACGAAGAAGAAAGCUGGAGGUGCUCGAUUGUGGAUGAGAUUUGAUAGGUUUGGGAAUUCAGAGCUGAUGGAAUGUGAUAAAAGUGUGAUUAUUAAACGGGUUUCGAUUCCGGCUCGGGAUUUGAGGAUUCUUGGCCCUGUUUUUUCUCAUUCCUCCAACAUUCUUGCGAGAGAGAAAGCCAUGGUUGUCAGUUUGGAGUUCAUAAGGGCUAUAGUUACAGCUGAAGAAGUCCUGAUUUUGGAUCCUCUACGUCAAGAGGUCCUUCCAUUUGUGGAUCAGCUGAGGCAGCAAAUACCUCUUAAACAGUCAUUUAAUGUCGAAGGAGCGGGGCAUACAGAAGCUGUCGAAGGUUUGCAAUGUGAGCUUCCAUUUGAGUUUCAAGUUCUGGAGAUUGCAUUAGAGGUUGUAUGUAUCUAUUUGGACUCCAAUGUGGCAGACUUAGAGAGAGAUGCUUACCCUGUUUUAGAUGAACUUGCUAGAAAUGUUAGCACAAAGAAUCUUGAACACGUGAGAAGUUUGAAAAGCAAUCUUACACGCCUGCUUGCUCGUGUGCAAAAGGUAAGAGAUGAAAUUGAACAUUUGUUGGAUGAUAAUGAGGAUAUGGCAGACUUGUAUUUGACAAGGAAGUGGAACCAGAAUCAGCAAUCUGAGACUUUAUUAGGAGCUACAGAUACAAAUGGCAUGGUGGUUGCUACCUCCCAUCUCUCUCGCCUUAAUUCUAGUCGCAGCGGAAGUAUGGUUACUGGCAGCAAUUUGGAUGUAAAUGAUGUAGAGGAAUUGGAGAUGUUACUUGAAGCUUAUUUUAUGCAGUUGGAUGGAACACGUAACAAGAUUUUGUCCGUACGCGAGUAUAUCGACGACACAGAAGAUUACGUCAACAUCCAACUCGACAACCAGCGAAAUGAACUCAUUCAACUACAGCUGACACUAACAAUUGCAUCAUUUGCUAUAGCAAUGGAUACGUUGAUAGCUUCGUUUUUUGGCAUGAAUAUUCCGUGCCGAUUAUACGCAAUAGAUGGAAUUUUUGGCUACUUUGUUGGAGGCACUUCAGCAGCCUGUUUUUUGCUUUUCCUGCUUGUUCUAGGUUAUGCUAGAUGGAAGAAGUUGCUCGGUACAUGAAGUCGAAGCACAUUUUCGACAAAAGUGAUUCAUAGAAGUAAAUGCCAUAGUAGUCCCGGUAAAUUAAAGUUUUUGAAGUGUAUAUUAUAGAGAUUGACGCAUGUUAUCUACUAUUGAUGUCCUAUACAAGAAAUGUAUUCAAUGGAAUUUGUGGCAGAUGAGUCUGUACAUUUCAUCAGAUGCUAAUCUAUUGCAUAGUGCUAAAUAUAUGAUCUUUUAUUAAAAAAAUUAAA